GUUCACUGCUUCCCGUACGACUGUGCCGGUGGCUGACAGUUUCAGUCGUUGUUGCGCUCUUCGUUUUGUACGAGCUGUUGACCGUUGUUCGUAAUACUGGAAAUUUGUCCAGUGUACUGAAUAUUGGUUCAUAUAUUUGUAUUACCUGUGCGGUUGUGUAAAGUAGUGAAAUUAUAGCUAGCUGAUCGAACAGUUUGAAAGAUUUAGAAGAAAUACAAUUUUAGUAUUCAGUUUUUGGAUUUUGAUGGAAAUCAUUUGGUGAGUUUUUGCUAUUUAAUGUUAAAUCUACUAUAUUUAUGUUAAAGUAUAGUAUUUUCUAUAUGAGUAAUAUAAUUUCGUAAGUAAGACAAAAACGAUACCGAAAAAUAUCUAAUAAAUUUGAAAAUCGAAUUGUGGGGACACAUUAAAAACCUUUGUUAGAGGCACUUUUACUCGUCUUGUAUAAAAUGUGCACAUACUUUACAAUAACCUAUAGAAAAUAAUUUGAUUUGGUUUCAAAUUGUAAAUAAAAUUUGUAUCCAGAUAGUUUUCUAUUUAGGUACCCAGAUAGUACCUAAAUAGAAAACAAAAUUUCGUAUUAAAAUCUGUCGCAUAGUUUUCGAAAUGUACUACUAUCAGCAAAAUUUGAAAUUAAAAUGCUUAUAAAAAACUUUUUUUUCUUACCAUUUAAGUUACAUUUAUAAUGAACCUCGUAUUAAAUAUUUAAUUUUCUAUUAAACCAAACAAUUUUAUCCACAUUAAAUAUUGAAUAAAAACUAAACAAAAAAUUGAAUAUUUAAAAUGCUUACACAAAGAUUACAUAAAAAUCGAAAGAAUGUUUUGAAAUUUUAAAAAAAAAAACUAAUUAGUGUUUUUUAUAAAUUUCAACCACCCGAUUUAACUGAAUGACAUCAAAAAAACAAAAAUGAAAACAAUGAAAUCGUUAUGUCGUAAACUUUACCGUUUUUUUUUUUGGUUUUCCCUAAUGAUGAAAACUGUGAAAACUGCUUAAUGCACGAACUAAAUCCAGAAUGCAAAAAAGAAGGCUUCUUGUCAUAUUUUUUAUUGGAGCAAAAUUGUUUACAAAAAAGUUUUUUUAUAGAAAGAAAAAGUAAAUAAAAAAGCAAACAUCAUAAUAAAAUCAAUGAUAGGUAACAAAAAUAGCUAUAAAAAUUCCUAAGUUUGGGUGUUCAUAAAGUAUUCUGUAUCAAACAUGAAAGUUUAAGUUUAAGUUUAAAUAAUUUAUUUUAGGUUGGGUACAUUUUGUAGUUAACAAAUUUUCUAACUUUCUUGAAUCAAGGUUUUAGUAAAUAGCCGAAAUUUUUGAAAAAGUAAUUAAAAAUUGCUUGGGUCCUAGAUUUAUCUUAAUAUGUAUGUACUUGGUUAUAAAAACAAAAUUAAUUAUUCUUAGUGUUAAAUUUUAAAUUUUAAUUGGAAUCAUAAAAAUCACGGCAUUUGACGUACCCUAGGUACUAUUUUCGGAUUUAUGUGAAUAUAUUUUUUGUCUUAUACCAAUAAUCGUACAGAUUUAACAUGAGGUUUAUCAUAAUUGUUUUCACAUAAUAGUAAAAUAAAUAAGAAGUUGAGAGUAAUGUAAUCAUUUUAUUUAACUGAACUUCGCUCAAAUUCGUUUUGUGGUAACAAUGAUUUAUCGUUGCGUCUACAGAUUUAAAUUAAAUUACUCUAUAAUCGUAUAUCCUAUCUUCUGAACUUCUCAUCAACAACAGUGGUUAGCUCAGUGCCACCUCUUUUAUUUGUUUUAUCAAAACACCUCAUAUUAUAUUGAAUUCUCAUAUUUACUUUUGUAACGUUUUUGAUCAGAUAUGAAUACCUUGAAUGAAUUAAGUAUUUAAAAUUACUAAUGAUUGUACUGUAUGGUCUGUCUGUGUUCAUAAGUACGAGUAUAAUAUCUAUACUAGGUAUAUUACAUUCGUCAUUAUUAAUUUAAUUUUUCAACCUAAACAAUCAACCUUAACCUAAAAAACACAAAGAAGUUCGACGAAUAACUAAUUGUAAAGAUGCUUUUGUUUAUCUUUUUUUUAGUAAAAUUCUUUGGUAAUUACAGUUAUUAUUAUUUUUUUAAAUAUAUUAAUUUUUACAAAUAAAAUCAGCUGAACAAUUAAUAUAACGUUAUACAUAAUUGGUCCUAAAUCUUCCUUCGAUAAGGUACUCCACAUUAAAAGUUAUAAAAUAAUAGAUACAAAGUAUAGACAUAAAAAAAAAUUAAUUGUUUAAAUUUAGCUUUUUUAUAAAGGUGCAUACAAUGUACAUAUUUUUUAAAUUUCAAGCGGUUUUACUAUGAAUUAUGUUUUUUUCUGUCUGUACACAUCUUUUUGACCAAAAAAUUUUGUCAAAAAAUGACAAGAGACCUUUUUUGUUGCAUUUUUAAUCUUGUUGGUGAUGAAUAAAUAAAUCGAAUUAGUUUUCAUAAUAAUCACGAAAACCGGAAAACGAAGUAAAAUGAAAAUACUGACAAAUUUACGGCGUCAUUAUUUCAUUGUUUUAAAUUUGUACUGUUUUCUACCAGAAAUAUUACUCUAAUCGAAUAACCUCAAAAUACCUUUAUUGUUGCAUUUUGGAUAUAGUUGGUGAGUAAGAACGUAGUUUUUUGAUUUUCCGUGUAGUUUUCUUAUUAAUCGAGUAAAAUCAGGAAAAAACGGGAAAGUUACGGAAAUUCAAAAUUGUUUUUUGUUGUAAUUCAAUUUAAAUUUUCGUAAACUUGAAAUUUUGACAGAAAACUUACAUUUGGUUUUUCUAGAUGCUGAGAAAUUUUAAAAAUAUUCUGAAAAUAUUUGAAUUGUCUAAAUUGUUGGUAAUAAUAAAAAAAAUAGCAAAUUUGUUUGAAUAAAUAGGAAUACUUGAAAAUUUAACGGAGGUUCAAUAUAAGUUGUACUUGGUGGUAAAAAAAUAAUUAAGUUAAAUUAAAUAAUUUUUUUUGCAGUCACUUAAGAUCAAAUAUUGAUGAUAAUUUUAAAUAUUACGGAAUUUCAAAACUUGUAUAAUUGAACUUCGCUCUGAAUCGUUAGUAAUUUUGUUAGCAAUUGUUUAUCAUUGCUUACAGAUUUAAAUUAAAUAACUUUAUGUAUUCUACCUUUUCAACUAAAGUGUGAGUGGGUGAGUAGCUCAUCCAUCAGCAGUAUCAGCACUUUUUUUUUUAUAAUUGGUUAUAUUGAUAUAUUUAAUGUAUAGUAUAGGUUGGUAUUUAUAUAAAGUGUUUUUUCUUAAAAUCUGUCUGCUUAAUAUUUGACUCAAUUUUAAUAUUAGUGCACAUAAUUUUAGUUCUAAAUAGGUUAGUAUUUAUUAAUUAAUUUAAUGUUAAACAGGUAUUUGUUGAAAACAUAAAAAAAUUUACCUAAUUAGUUACCUAUUAUAUUUGUUUUAUACAAUAUAAUUUGAUAAAUAGGUAUAGAUAUUAAAUUAUACUUUGAAUUUUAACACAUAUUAUGUAGGUUAGGUACCUACAUACAACAUUUGCAAAAUCAAUUAGAUACUAUAGUUUUAAUGUCAGUAUAAUAAUUCAUAUAAUAUGAUGAAUCAUAAAAUAUUAAAAUAUGAUUAAUUAUUUGUUUAUAGAAGUUUUAUGAAGUUAUAUUACUUCAUGUUGUAUUAAUCUUCACGUUCCGAAAACAAUAAUGGUAGAAUUGACAUGCCCUGUAAACUAUUAUGUGCGUACCUACAUAUUAUAAGUUAGGUAUGUUAUGGUUUAUAUUAGUGUCCAUAUAUUAUGUCGAAGGUACCUACUAGGAUAUAAACAUCAGACGGUCUGACUCACAGACCGUGAAUGGUCAACGUUUCCACACGGUUGGGUUCAUCUGCCCAGUUGUAUAGGCUCUGAAAAACGUUAAUGAUUUUCCACUUAAAGCGCCCACGUAUACGUUUAAGGAAACUAAACCGGGUUACUGUUACGUUAGAAAAACGAAUGCUAAUUUAAGAACCUGCAUAUUUUCAAUAAACUUAUGUUAUUCUGGUAGUAUAUUUUAAAUUCGUGCCACGGUCAGAUAAUUUGUAAUUAAUGUAUUGCGGUACCUAUGUUUCUGCAACAGCUAUUUCUAACUUACGUUCAAUAUUUAAUUUUUUUUUUGUUCUUAAUCGUAAGAUGUAAUUAAAAAUAAAUUCCGUUAGAUCAAUUCGUUACAUUUGUAUCAAUAUAGUUAGAGAGGUGACAUUGCGUAUAUGAAAUCUUAUUUUCAAAUAAUGACAAUGCGUAUUAUUAUAUAAUUUCAAUAAUUAAGAAGUAAUUUGAUGGAACAUACAGUAUCUAUAUUAAAUCAUUUUUUAAUCUUAUGAAUCAAGUCAUUUUCUACAUUGAAGGUUCAAUAUUAUACACUUGUCUACCCUUAUUAAUUAUUAUGCUAACCUUAACAACCUUUACAAAUAAAAAUACCAUCCUUUUUUUGUAUUUGCUUACAAAAUGAAUACAGUUAUAAAUAUAAUGAUUAAUUAUUAAUAUACUAUGCAACUGUAUUAAUUUACUGCAUAUUUACUCUAUGGUGUCAUUCAGAAUCUAACAUCUACUCUCAUUAGGUAUUUAUUUUUUAGGUAUAUUAUGUAUAAACAAUAUUUAACAAAUAUAAAUUAUGAUUAACUUUAUGUGUAUUCACAUCUCAUAUAAAAUUAAAUAUAACAAAUUAUUUUAAAAUUUAUAUAAGUAACUAAUGAGUGGCUACUUUGUGCUCACUACGAAAAUUUAAAAUGUGCACCUGCCUCCUGCGUUUUUAUUUUUCAGAAAAGUCACAAGGUUUCACUGAUGGAUUGAAACAUUUUUUUUUUAUGUUUACAGUGUAAUCAAUUACUUGUUGUCUCAGAAAGUAUUAAAUUUUUCAGAAUUUUUUUUAUUACUUAUAAAAUGAAGUGCUCUAAAAUAAUUAUUUUUGUUAUUUUAUUUUUGAGGGUGAAACCAUUACCUACUUUUGAUUUUUAAAUAGUGACUUACAUUAAAUAAAUAUAUGACAUAUUAGUUAGUCUAAAAAAUAGCGACUGUAAUUAAUAAAUUAUGGAUGAUAUAAUAUUAGUUACAAAUUAAAAUAAGUAUUAAAUCGUAGGUUGAACAUUUUACAUGGACACAUAUAGAAUUAUUAAAUGACAAUAAAAUCGAUCCAUUUAAAGAAAGUAAUAGACCAUUGUGUAAAAAUGUAUCUUUAUUUUAUUCUGAAUUUAUAGUCGUAUAGGACAAAGUCAUUAAAUAUAUUUACUUAUUUUCAAUAAUCUGUAAUGCGUAAAAAAUUAUAUUAUAUUUGACCUAAAAAAUUAUUUUCAAUUUUAAUAGUUUCAAUAGGUAUACCUGUAUAAAAUAUUUGCUCAGAGUCAUUAUAUUAUGUUCCUAAAUCUUGUAGAUCUGUGUUUUUUUUUUUUAAAUAUAUAUUUCAUUAUUUUAAAUAAAGAGCAGUAGGUAUAGUAUAGUAGCUAGGUAUAAUAUUAUAUUGUUUUUAAAUACAAAAAGAGCUGAUACUGGGGGAAUGUGUGUGUCACUGCUGUAGAUGAGAAGUUGGGAAGGUAGGAUACAUAGUUAUUUAAUUUAUAUCUGCAAGCAUUGAUAAAUCAUUGCUAACAAAAAACGAUUCGGAGCGGAGUAGGCAAUAUCUACGAUUUUCGUCAAAAUUUGAAUAUUAAAAUUCUUAUAAACAAUUUUUUUUGGUCGGUUUUUCCUAAUUAUUAUGAAAACCCUUGGGAAAUAAAAUAUUGACCUCUUCAUUGCAUCAACUAGAUAAAUACAAUUUUCUUUCAGAAAAGGCGUUACACUUAAUACAUCGAAGCAAGAUUCUAGUAGAAAAGUUGUUCACAGACAUACACACACAAAAAAAAAACACAUCGCAUCAAUAAAUCAUUCACUAUGUUCCGAAUCUAAAACAAACAGUAACAAGGUUGAUAAUACUUAAUCUUUACUUCUUGUAAAUCUUUCUGAUAUUUAUAACUAUUUAUAACCUUCAGAUUUAAACAAUAUUAUAUUUCUAUUUUAAAAUGUCGGAUAUAUUUGGUAUUUUGAGAUGAUCAAAGUUUUGAUUUUUAAAAUUUAAAUGUGGUAAUUAAUGGAAUUAAAAAUUGAACGCAUGUGUUGUAUUAUUUACAGUAUUUUAAAAUGUUUUCUUAAGUACCUAUUAAACUGGUAUACCUACAUUAAACAAAUUAUUUCUAUAAAGUGUCAUAAUAUAAGUAGAGAAUUCAUCUGUAUAGGUAUUGUCUAAAAUUGAUGGAUAAAUAUGGAUAGGUAGAUGGAUGGAUCUUAUGGCUGCUUGUUAUGUUAUAACAGACCAGAAAGUAUAUAUAGACAAAUAUUAAAAUUAAAGUUAUAAUUGUAAUAAAUGCAUGACUAGGAUUCAUCUAUAAUGUUAUGGUCAAAAAAAUCAUGUGGGGGUCUGUAUAUUGAUUCAUUUAUUGAAUUAACGUUUUUAAGUUUAUGUGUAUUAAUCAUAGUUUAUUUAUUAUUAUAUGCAAUAUAAUUUAGAUUUUGGAAUAUGUCACUAUGAUAUUUUUAAGGAAUAAAAAAAUCCAUUAUUUUCUUAUUGAUAGAAAAAAUUACAUUGUCAAAUUUUUAAUAAUUUUGUUUGUAAUUUAAAUAAAAUGCAUAUAAUUCAUACGAAUUCCAUAAAAUAAUAAAAUAUAAUAAUAUUUAACAUAAAAAAAUAAUAAUAAUAUUCUUGUAAGUAUACAAUAUAUAUAUAAUAAUUCGUUUGCAGUAUCUAUUGUAAUCGAUUUAUUUAAAUGGAUAUUGAAUGGAUUUCCGAUUAUGAAGACAUAAUGUAUAAUACCUAUAUUUCAUUAUAAUAUAAUAUGGUAUUGUUAGGUAAGUAGGUACUAAACACAAAAAAAAGUCUGUUCAUAAUUACAAAGAAACAUGCUCUGGUGGAUGGUGGUGUUAAUCCGUUACACACGUUUUCGUCCUAAACAUUCUUAACUUUGUGCUGAACAAUUAGUAUUUUUCUUUUAGCGAUAAUGCUCUGACUGUUCCGCUAAAUAAGGAAACGUUUUUCAUUAUGUGACCAAUAGGUUUCCAACAUGUAUUUAUCAUUAUUAAUUUUUUUUUUCAUAAAUUGUUUACCCACCAGUUUUGCAAUAGAAGUAUUUAUGGUUUACGAACCGCAAUAUUUUGUCGACACAAAGAUAUUUUUUCUUUCUUUUGGUCUUACACCUACGUUUGAUAAUAAUCAUAAUUAUUACUAUUAUAAUAUAUUUGUGUGACUUUUACUUUCACGUUAAUCGAUCAUUUACACAUCUCGUUAUAUCAAACGAGCAAUAAAAAAGUGUGAUUACCUUAUAUUUUUUCUCUGAUAGUUUAUAAAAAAUUAAUCAUCUAUUGAUAAAACUGUUGGUGUGUGUACUGUUCACGUGCGCUCUGCUUUCCAAAAACACACCGACCGUAAAGUGUACGUAAAAGAAGCAGAAAACAAGACUCGAAAACUGAAUAUUAUUGUAAUUACUUACAAACCGUAUCAUUUUUCGGAUGCGUGUCUGUUAUUAACACUUCGUUUUGUGAGUUGAAAUUUUCAUUCCCUAGUUCCUUAAUUCAUUUAUGAUAUAGGUAUUAUUAAAUAUAAAGUUUAACUAGUAGAUGAAUUGUUCGGUUGUUUUCAAUUAAUUACCUUUGUCAGGAGUGAAUCUAGGACAAGAUACCGGGGGAGAGGGAAGGGGGGGUGUUGGUUAAAAAUGUAUAGGGCACUUAUAUUAAUAUGUAGUGUUUGGUUUUUUCUCCCUAUAAUAAUGAAUAUUAUAAUCUUGUACACUAGGUGACAUAAAUCAGCGGUUGAUAUAUGAUGUGGAGAACGUGAACUUACUACUAAAUUUUCAUAUUCGAAUGAGAUUAUAUAGGUAUUCAAAGCCACUGGGUCAUUAAAUCAUACAAACCACGUAAUUUCAAAACAUGUUUAACCAGCUUCAUUUAGAAUUGUUUUGCAGUGCUGUUCUUGUUUUGGUCUUGGUUUUGCUACAAGAUCAAGACUAGGGUAAUUUUGCUCAUCACUGAAUUGGCAGUUAUCUAAUCUAACCAAACAUUAAAAAUUAUGGCACACUGCACGUUAUAAUAAAUGUAUAUAAAAUGUUUAGAAAAUUCAAAUUCUGUUUCAAAUCAGAGGGGGCGAGUAAUUUGGUAAAGCCCUCAAUUUUAUUUCAUAAUGUCUCCGGAAGUUCUGGAAGUUAUUUAAAAUCUUUUUGGGUGUGAUAGAUACAUCGAUUAUCAUCAUAUCGUAUGACGUCAUUUUGGUAAAUGUAGGUAAUUUUCAUCUCGGAUCCACGAGACUAUACAAUACUUCCUGAAGGACGUGUAAACAUAUUUAUAGGACUAUUAAAAAGAAAACCAACGGGAUAAUAAGAAAUGUAAACACGCACCUAAUUAUAAUAAAUGUGAACGGUAUUUUCAUUUAUUUAUUCAGUUUUCUUUUUAUCUUUUUCUCGAGAACGCUUCCGGCUAUAUUAUUGUAAACAAUACCUACUUGUCGUUUUGAUUCUCAUUUCUUUACUAUUGAUUUCUACACUGUAAUUUUAUUUUAUUUUUUUAAUUCGAGUGAAUUUAAGUUUCCAAUUUUAAAAUACUUUUGUGCAAUGAAAAUGUCAGCGGUAUAUUUAUAUUUUGUCUAGGUACAGUAAACAUUAUGAUCGCGAUUUUCUAUGGUUUUAUGUAUGAUUCUAACAUUUAAAAUUAACCUUAAAAUAUUACGAUAUUCAGGGGCCUGGGGUCAUAGCACCCUCUGCUCCCCUUAAUCCGGGCCUGCCCGAAACAAUAAUAUGUACCGAUGAUAUGGUACUUGUUUUUAUAUAUAUUUGUUACAAAAUCUAUCGAUUCAAUUUAACGAUAAGUUACGUUAAAUUACCGUUUAUUUUCCACAAAGCGGACACGUAGUAAGUAAAAUCUUCUUCUGCUGGAUGUCCUGCAUUGGACUAUACAAUGUGUUUUAUUUGGAUACAGAAUACCCGAAAAAAAAAUGCUCUAGAAAAUAUAAUAAUAGAGUUUGUGUUUGAACCGUAUAAAUCGUGUGUAAUAUUGUAUUAAAAUCAUUGAAUUGCAGACUAUAAUAGGUAGGUACCUAUAUAUUAUUAUUAUCAUUUAUCGGUAUGGGUACUACUGUUUGAACUUGUACGCGUGAAAUAAUGACGACGUGUUGCCGUUGCAUGAUGCGAAGGCGGACACGCACACGAAUUGCGUGUUUCACGACGACGACGACGAAGGUACAAUAUAAAAUAAUAAUAAUGUCUAUAGGUACCUUCGUCGUUAUCGUUGUAGUAUUAUAUACUUAAUAUUAUUUUCACGAGAUAUGUCUUAUUGGACAUUUGGGAUUGAACGACGUAUUACAUCUGUUGAAUUUAUAUGCCUUAAAUAUAUAAGUGAGCUCGAAGACACUAGACGUCUGCUAACCAGCUGAAACACAAUCGAUUCGUCAUCGUCCCGGUCGGAUGGUGCGGUGGCGGUGGCGGGGAUGAAUGAUGGGUCUCUUUAGAGCAAAACGCGGUUAUAUAGGUGUAAAUAUAUAGGAGAAACGUGAUACCAUUGUUAUCAUACACCGUCAUUAUAAUAAUAAUAAUAAUAAUAUUCUAUUUUGUUAUUUAUUUAUUUAUUAUCGUUAUUACUAACCCUUUUCGUGCUUUAUUAUUGCCGCGCGUCGUCGUCAACCGACGACGGCUUUUUUUACGGUUGGCGGCCCAAACGGAACGAUACGCGCGACGAGAUGAUCUCUUUUGUGUUGUCCGCAGUGCGGUAUGGCAUGGUAUGUACACAAGGUCGUGUUUCGGGAAAACACGAGUGUACCCAAAUACGUGUACAAUAAUAUAGGUGAGUGUACUCGGGUCGCGGUUUUUUUUUUCUGCGUGACGGUCCCGGCGUCUGGGUUCGCGGAUCCCCACGAAAAUCAUCGUAUAUAAUAUAUUACGGUAGCAUCACCGUCGAGUGUUUACGAGUGUUUUUGCGUACGUAAUAUAUCAUAAUAAUAUUAUUAUUAUAUAUUUAGACACUCGGUGUGUACGUAGGUAUAUUAUACACGACUGCGCCGUGUGCGCGACCUAUACGCGGACGCGUACCGCGCAACCGGAGCAUGGGAACGUUUUUGUGGCGGAAAUCGGUUUUCGGUCUUGUACGCGCGCGAAAUGCGAUUUCACGUGCUGCGCGGCUAGCGCGGCGGCUGUGAGAACGUAUUAUUAUAAUUUUGUACGCUGCACGUUAUAAUAAUAUAAUAUACUCGAAUAUUGUAGACCGACUACAUUAUAAUAUGGGUGCCUAAUUUAUACAAUAACGCACCCCGCCACAAGGUGUACGGAUGUCUAAUGUAGCGCGAGACCGUUUCUAUAUACACCUGCACUAUAGACGGUAUCUGUAACAUAGGUAUAUGUUUGUUUUCCCCCUCGUGCUCUUGUAUACGUACGCGGUGUUUCGUCUGUUUACUAUGUAACUUUUAGGUUACACCGGUAUUAUUAUUAUUGUUGUUGCUGUUAACACGCCAUUACGGUUAUUCGAUACGCGGUGUUCGCAAAAAUCGGUACAUUUUCUCCGAACCUAUAUUUCCGAUACGGGAACGCAAACGUUUAAAGGGCUUCUAUAGACGCGAUUUGUUUUCUCUGUCUGUUUCACGUGUAACACAGCUAUAUUUAAUAUUAUAAUAUACUCUUGUGAUUUUUUUUUUUUUUAAUAUCUUUAUUUCUCAAGUUACCGGGUAAUGUUUAAAAUUGAGUUCAAUUAAAACAUGCAAUUUCCUCGAUUCGCGUACAAUACAUACUCUUCUUUAUAUGAUACGCCGCUUAUUUGCCCUAAACUCAACCACAAAAUUGCAAUUGUUGAAGUGCGGAAUGAAACUACACCUCAAUUUUUCGUAUAGAUACGACAGUAGUUAGUUCGCGUUCGAAACUUCGAGACAAGCAUCAAAAUUGAAAUUCUGAUUGGGUAUUUUAUACUGUAUAGAAUUAUUACUGUCGAUCUUCGCAGUACUCGGAGGAAAUACUCAUUUGCUUUAAUUUUGUUUUGAAUAUUACACAAUUCAAUUUUAAACUUGUUUGUAUUAAACCGCAGUUAUUACAAUAAUGAUAUAAACCCAUCGUAUAGUGAACGGAUCGCCAGUUAAUUGUUUAUUAUAUAAGAUUACUCGUUGGCAGAAAUAAAAAUUGAUUAUUAUCGAGUUUUAUAAUCAUUUUGUAAUAACCUAUAGUUACUCAAAAAUAUCCAAAUAUGUCCUUUAAGACGGUAGUUUAUAGACAACUAUAUAUGUAUUAUAUAUUCAUACCUGUGUAGUGUGUACACAUUAUUACAGUAUCGAUAAACAACGCCGUGCAAAUUCGUAUCUAUGUAUAAUAUAUUUCUAUUCAAUAAUAAUGGUUCAAUUCUGUUGUAUUUGCAUUGUAGAAUAUGACUAUAUGAGUAAAUCUGUACAACUUCACUCCGCUAGACACUACAGGGCACACGACUGAAUACAAAUAUAAAACAAGAAUAAAACAUACUUACUUCUCAUGUGAUGAAGCGGUGACUUGUAGUAUUGGGUACUUGUACAAUAUAUCUAACCAAACGUCUUUGUAUAUUCUUCAUCAGGUACUACAACUCGCAGACCGUUAAUAAACAUCAUAUUAUAAUAUAUACAAACAAUAGCCCUGUAAUUCAAUCCGUUUUUCAAUGAUUUUUUUAAUAUACGUAUGACUUUAUAUUAUUAUUAUAUUUAUUAUAUGAUUAUAGGUGGGUCUUAUUAUUAUAUUAUCAAUCUACUUGUUUCACGAAAAUGAUCCGGCGAUGUUGUUUUAGAUUCUGAGCAGAGCGAGGAAUGUAAUGGUUUUAUAAUGAUAGCACUUUUUUUGAAAGAUAAUUCAACCAGGGUGGUACUUUAGAGAGGUCAUCUUUUUAUUUUCCCAAGAGUUUUCCCAAAAAAUAAAAAAAAACGUAAGAAAAUCGUAGUUAGCUGAGAUUUCCUUAUAGUACUUAUUUUGGAUCUUUUUAGAUGUAGUACAAUUUUCAAAACGGUAAGAUUUUUGAUCCAUAUUUUUAGAUAUUUUAAAUUGUCUAGUUUUUUUUUUUUAGUUUUUAUUUGGAUAACAUAUUUUGAUUUCUUGAAAAUACUCCAAAAUUUUAAACAAGGUUUCAUAUAGCAGUAUAAAAAUAUCGAAAAUCAUCAAUUAUUAAUUUUUAUAACCACAUUUUAGUUUAAAUUUUGAUGAAAAUAGUAAAAAUCAUAACAUUUCAAAACAUUUUAAUCGAACUUCGCUCAAAAUCGACAAUAUUUUUUUAUUAUUUACUUGCUUAAAUAUUUUGAACAGUAUAUUCUUUGAUUUACGAUAUCUGUUGCAUAAAAUACAAUAUGAUGAAACAACAACAUAAAUUCCAAAUCCUUAUUAUAUUUUUUGAAAGAACUUAAAACCUAAAAAUGAUAUAAAAUAUAAAUUCAAAAGUUCAAAAUGAAUUUUACUAAUCGGUAUAUCAAUCUCAUGAACACUUGUUUCGUUUUAUAAUUUUAUAUACUAUUAACAUUUUCUUGAUAGAGGGAAACAUGAGAGAAAUUAUAUUAUGCGAUAAAGCAGAGAAAAAAUCUACAACUGCAAAUAACUAUACGAAAUUGGAGAAAUAUAACUAAAGAUCGGAACGAAUGGAGUAGAAUCGUUUUGCAAGUCAAGGGUCACGAUAACCCGUAAAUCAUGAUUAUUAUAGGUUAUAGGUGUAAUAUUAUAGUAGUAACUAUAUAGUUAUACUAGGUACCUAGUCACUAUGGUAAAAAAAAUGUACUCGAAGAUAUAAUACCUGCAACUUCAUUAAGUAUCUAACCCUAAUAUAUAAAGCUAAAACGUUUACAGUUUAUUGAUCAUAUACCUAUGCCUACUACCUAGUAUUAAAAUAAAAUUAUAUUUAUUUAAACAACUUUCUCGUGCAUUUUCCUUAAAUUCAACCACAUAAAUAUAUAUUUUUGUUCAUAAAAUACCACAACUUGCGAUACUGCUGGUGGUAAUUAUUAGUUACUGUUAUUCAAUCGUAAACACAUAAACAUAUUUUCACUUUUAUACAUAGUGAUUUUAAAUUAUAAUAGUAUAUAUUAUAGUGUGAUCACUGAUCAAUAGUCAUAAUAAUAUAUGUACAUAAAUAUAUAUAAAAACUGAUUAAUGUUAAAACGAAAAACCAUUACAGCAUCAUAUAAAAUCUGUAUAUUCUGUAUAUACAAAAGUGAAAAUGAUUACAAAAUAUAAUUUUUUUCAUAAUCUUUAUACUCGGACUAUACUUAAUUAAAAUAAUACUUCAUGUAAUUGAAAUUUUGUUAAUUCUAAAAAAUAAUGGGUAAAAAUAUACAUGAUGUUAGUAACAUAUUUAAACAGGCUGAAUAUGUUGUUGGGUGUGUUUUUGUAAGGAAGUUGGAAGAAAGAAUAUAUAAAGUAAUUUAAUUUAUAUCUAUACAUAACGAUAAACGAUUCAUAACGAAAAACAAUUCUAAGUCUGUAUUGAUGCCAAGUAUACCCAGAAAUCAACAAAAAUUAUACAAAUAAUUGCUAGUUUUUAUUAUUAAGAAAACUAAAAGAAAAAACAAAAAAUGAUGACCUCAAUGUACCAGUCAUAAGAAAGUCCCUACUCAUUUUUUUAUUAAAGCUUGAUAUCUAAUAGACAAGUUGUAAAACCAAUAUAUUCCUUGCUUUGUUCAGAAUCUGAAAAAAAAAAUUAUCUAAAAUUAAUUAUCACCAAAGAAUACUUUUGCAAGUUAUAAUAUCAAACAUUUCAAAGCUAGCAGAGUAAGCUUUCAAUUUGUUUCGACAUACGGAAUAGCAGAAUUUAGCAUUUCAUUUUAGAUACCGAGCGUAUCGAGGGAGCUUUUGGUUUUACAAUGCUGUUUAUUUUAUUUCUUUCCCAAUAAACUUGCUCCGAUUUUUACGUGUAGCACCUUUUCUGAAAGCUCAAAUUGUCUAGAUUGUAUUUAAAAUAGAUCAUUUACGAAGCUAUUUUUUAAAUAAAACCACUUAAGUGGGAAAAAACGUAGGAAAACGUACAAUUUCACGAUUUCAUUAUUUUAUAAAAAUACGGACGAUGUUUUCUACUAGAAAAAAUGAUUUAAUCGAAAAAUUACCAAACAUCUUUUUUUGUUGCUUUUUUGAUUUACUUUCAUAAAUUUACUUUCAUUUACGAUACCAUCGCCAAAACUUUUAAGCCACUUUUGAACUUUUAAAGGAUUUUAAUUUUUGAGAGUUUUUUGCUGUAAUUCGGUUAUAAAUACACGUAGAAACUUGAAACUUGGUAAUAAUACAUAUAUUAGACUUACCUAGAUGUGGUAAAAUUUUUUUAAUAAGCGUUUUGAAAUCAAAUUUAAACGAAAAUUGCAAAAAAAAAUUACGGCAAUUCAAAUUAUGUAUUACCGAAAUGCGCUCGGAAUCGUCUUUCGUCAAGCAAUGGUUUAUCGUCGCUUAUAGAUAUAAAUGAAAUAACCUUAUACAUUCUACCUUCUCAACUUCUCACCUACAACAGUGGCCGCUCCCAUCCCCAGUAUCAGCUCUUUUUUAUUAUAUAAUCUCAAUUGUUUAGAUUUUUGAACUUUUAAAAAUAUUUUGGAUUUUUACUUGUUUUAAAACUAUUAAUAUGGUUUUUUAAAUUAUUGUAAAUCUUAUUAUAAUAAUUUGAUUCAAUUUUUUUUCACGAACAAUUCUUAUAUAGAAUAAAAAUAUUAACAGGAAACUAAUAAACUAUACGAUUUCAGUCUGCAGAGUAGUGUUGCUAUAUUAUAGUAUAUAUACUGUAUAUUAUCCGGUAUAGGUAAUAUGUAGCUGAAAUUUUAUUGUAUUAUUUUUAUCUACUGAUUUUAAUUGUCGAACAAAUAUUAUAAACAUUCUAAAUAACUGUUCGAUAAAUCAUCAUCGUCGGAUUGUCCUUAAUUUUCUAUUUAAAACAUAAAUCGCAUCUCGUAGAUUAGAAUGAUGAUUGUCAAAAAAAUGCGAAACUAAAUUAUGCAUUGAACUAGAAUUUCUAUAAUGUUUAUAAUUCGUGUAAUAUUUCUGGUAGACAUUUUUUAACUGACCGAAAAAAAAUAUUUAAAAAACACAUAAUAUAGUAAAAUCAAUACAUUCCUUGCUGCGCUCUGAAUCUAAAAUUGAAUAUAGUAACCUACCUAUAUUAUUUCGUUUCGAUACAAUAUUAAUUUUGAUAUUUUACUGUUAUACUAUUUUACAAUGUAUAUAUACAAUACAGUACUAUAUAGACUACAUAUUUAUUUGAUACAUUUUUUGUAUCGCUACAUCCGCGUAAACAACAUAUAUGUAUUAUAUUUAGUUUUUUUUUCAAUGAAAAAAAAAUGUAAUUUAGUAUCAUACUAUCAUUCGUUAUACAUACCCUGUCUAGUGGCUAUCGUUACCUACAUAUUUAUAUACACGAGUAUUAAAUUAUAUUUACUGUUAAGAUUGUAAUACUAUACAUUUGGAUGUAAUUAAUAUCACUUAUACAAUAAUUUAUUCCUAUAAUGAUAUCGCGAUAUCAAUGAAUAAUUUUAAAUUAUUCGUGUAUAAAUUAUAUUUCUUUUAAAUAUUAUCUUUAUAAGUACAUAAUACGGUCUUGGGGCAAUACCUGUAUAGUUACAUGCCCCUCCUAUGCUGUCCGAUUUUCACCAAACCUCCACUUAUAUUUCAUGAUUUUAAAACCAUUGCACGUGAGGAUAUUUUAUUGUGGGGAGACUAUCUUCACACAAGCCCCACAUUUUGUCUGAUUUUCAUCAAACCUUUUUACACAUUUUGUAAAUCUUCUCAAAAUAAUUGAAAAUAGUUUCUAGAAUUGAAUAACUAUUAAUUUUUAAUUUACCUGUUCAUGCACAUAAUGAUGGGUUUACACAUGCAUGUUUAUGUAUGCCAGUAAACCAUAUUAGCAUUGUAUCACCAAUACUUCCUGACGUAAAGUUGGAACUAUCCAACUUUGUCUAUGCUACUUGCGUCACUAAAACAUGCACAUGUUAUCUAUCACUAAACAGUUGAAACAAUUUGUAUUUAAAUUAGGUGUUGAUAAUAUUAUGCUUUUCUAAUGUUAAGAUGCCGAUAUUUCAUAAUAAUUCUAAAUUGACUUAUACGCGAACUUGUAUGGAUCGUCUGGGAGACCAACUUCACAGGCGUCUUAGGAUGCCUACGCUUAUUGACGCAAGUACUGUUGCACGAUCCGUCGAUCUUAUCACGGCGUUCGAUAUCGACGAGAGACAUGAAAUAAAAAAAAUAACAUAGCAAAAAACGAUCACGAAGAAUUCUGUAAUAAUUUUCGAAAAAAAAAAUACGACCGAUGAACGUAUAAUAUAAUAAUGUCGUAAUUGGAAGUGUCGACGACACAGCUAGAGCGAUAUCUUCUCUAUAAUAUCAGACGUUUAUAACAGCGGCGGCAAUAAUACUAUUAUGAUAUCGUCGAUUAUAUCCUCUUCUCCUUGUUUAUGUAUACGGAAAAAGUAAAAUAAUAAUAAUAAUAAUAAACCUAACCACCACGACAAAUCGUCGUUCACAUUUCUCAACCGCGAUCGUUUAUUGCGUUAUCGAAACCUGCACGAUCCGCGUGCGAUGGGUCACGUGUGCAGUGGAAUAAUAUAUUGCCGGCGGGUCGACGAGCUUAAGAGAAACUAUCGCUCGGCAUCACGCUCGCGCGGAUUUCGAUAACUGCGGACCACCAUCACGUUAAAUGCACGAUACAUUAUUAUAUAUUUUAUAUAUUCUGAGUAAAACAAUAACAAAGAAUCUAUAUAACUAUAUUAGAAUAAAUUUACCAAGAUUUUUUAAAUUGUUUUUAUUAUUAAAAAUUGUAUUGUAUAGGAAAAUUAGUGGCACUCUCAUUUCUCAGUGCACUAACAAUUAAUGCUGCACUGCUAUAGCCACCCCUAAUAGUCAGAAAUGAUUAGUGGGUCUUGUUCUCCUUGAUGGGGAUUGGACAAAGGGUUAACAGCUCUAUACCAUGUCGUACAAAAUACCGUAUGUUCAGGAACCAAGUUAAAUUAGUAAUAUUUGCUUGGAGGAUUAGUCUUAAAAACCGUUAAAAAGAAUUAAAAAGAAGAGAAGUAAAAAUACCCAAAAACUUAUUGACACCACUUAUAAAGUGCCACGUUCUUUAAAAAAAAAUACGGAUUUUUCACCCAGUGGUGUGUUUGAUUGGAACGUUUUCCAAAAGUUUCUUUAAUGAUGAAAAAAACCGUUAACAAACGACGAUAAACUGAAAUUUUUUGGUAAAAUCUAUAUACCCGUACGUAAAGAUUUGCAACAUUUGAAUAUAAGUGACAUCAAGUAGUAGUAUUUUGAAAUCAACAUUUUUUUACGGAAAGUUAAAUAUAAACUUACGAAUUGCUAAUACACAUUAAAGAAUUCUGAUAAAUCAUUAUAAUUCUCAUGACUUCUCACGUUCAAAUAGAUACACAAAAAAAAAAAACAAAAAAAAGGUCUCCCAUCAGCAGUACCUAUUACUACUGUUUUAGGAGGGAAGUUAAAAGAAAGUAUAUAUAGAGUAAUUUAAUUUACAUUUUCAUUGAUAACGAAAAACAAUUCUGAAGAAAAGUAUAACUGAAUACUCCGAUUAGUCGUAUUUUCACAAGGUAACCCAAAAAUUAACAAAAUAAUACAAACAAUUGCUGGUUUUUCUCAUUUAUUAAGGACAGUACAAUGGAAAUUUAAAAAAAUGAUCUUCUCAAUGUACCAGCUACAUUUUUCGUUUCUCUUAGGAUUUAAAAUAAAGAGUGAAUAAUCAUUAAAGUAAAAAAUUAUUAACAAGGGAUGGAGUGAGAACCAACUUAAUAUUUUAUUAAUGUUGCUAUAGGGUGGUUUAAACGUCAUGGAAUUUGUUUUGGCUCACGAAAAUCUAAUAUUUAUUUGCUUACCUGUUUAUAGGGUUGUCGCUAGUUAUCGAAAAAUAAAAUAGUUAUGACAAGAUAUAAAAGCUAUUCUAUGGGUGAUCAAUCUAUAGUAAGAUACUCAUUAUCCCGGAAAAUAUUAACUUUUUUUCGAAUUUGUUGAGCAUUAUUUGUGUGGCGGCAGGGCGCGCGGCGUUUUAAUAAUGUACCACUAGGUACUUUCUCCCGACCCAUAUUUAAAAGUGGAAUAUCUCGUUAACGGAUUGACGGAGAUCGAACAUUUCAAUACCAAAAUGUAUUUAAACUAAUAUUCCAUCUGUUUAUGGAAUUUUUAAUAUAGGCUGCCAUUUGAAAAUCAAAAUUUAAUAGUAUACAUUUAUUCCUAAAAAUAAAGGUGACAAAAAAUAACAUAAAAGUAAAACUAUAUACCUACUAUUGAUUCUUAUAUUUUCUAUAAAACAAAUUUUGAAAAAAGUUAGUAUUUCGAGAUGAUGGGUGUCUUACGGUAAAUUGAUCGCUCUGUAAAAAAUUAAAAUUGAGUGUUCGUGGUAACGGAAAAUUACAAAAAUCAAUAGGCCGUUUAAUAUUGUCCACGAGUAGAGAAAAGGUAAGCGAGACAACUAUUUACGGGCAAGAAAAUUAAUUUUUUAACACUUAUAGACAAUAAAGGUUAGUGGCGAUGGUAUAGUCAUAUAAAGAUGUGAAUGGAAACGGGAAAUCGCUGGAAGACACGUUAUUGUUAUUUUUUUUUUGUUGUCCAACGAUCACAGAGGUAAAGGCGAGGGGGACCACUUAUAUAUUAUAUAUUUACAAAUAUCAGGCCACUAUAGGCGAUAAUACGGUCCAGACCAUCUGGAAAAUUACCAUUUUUAGACCGGCCACUUUCCGUUAACCGGAAACCGAUUACGCGAUUUAAGGCCACGCAGUGUUGAUCUACAGUAAUAUUUAGUAGUAAUGUUAUGGUAGUUUUCUUAUUUGUUAUUUUUUAUCAUCAAAUGGUUUUAAUAAGUAUUUAGUCUAAAUUGUUCUAAUAAUACUUGUUGUCGUUAAUUUUUUACAGAAAAAAAAAAUAAAUAAAACGUGUCUCGUAUAAUUUAAAAUUCGAUCAUGCUGGUUGUCGUGGCGUACCGAUACAAUUAACGUUCACCGAAUAAUUAAUUAAACAUAAUAUACGAGUAUUAUAGUGUUUCAUCAACCAUCAAAAUAUUUUAGUGUUGGUAUUCUUUAUAAUUGCUAUCCUUGUAUUAUGGUCAAAUCACUAACAUUAAAUUGUUAUGUUAUUUUGGACAAGUUAGAUUUUGAUCAAAAUGAAGAAGUUUUUUCCAACGAUAUGUGCUAAUUUUUCUAUAUACUUAGCUUAAACUUUUUUGCAUAGUAAAAACGUCAAACUACUGAAUUCUCUCGCAUCAUUUUCAGUAAACAAUCAAAUUGGUGUGGUCAUUUUUUUAUACAUCGUUAAAUACAGUGCAUUCUACAUCAAAAAAGUAAAUAACUUUUAAUUGAACAAUAAAAAGUUAUAAUUUUCCUUUAAAUUAAAUUUUUUUAAGAUAAUUUCUUUUAAACUAGAUAAAUAAAUUGUUAACUUGUUUAGCUUUGGGUAUAGACCGCGUGCAAAAAUAUAGCGCCAAUUAUUAUCGCUCAGCUAUAUUGGCUUUUGUUGUAAUAUUAUAUUUAUUCUAGAGUUGAUGCGUAUAGUUAUCAACGACGUAUAUAGUAUCGUAUACUAAAAGUAUACGUAGUCUAUACGUGUUACAAUAGGUUUAAUCAAAUCAGUUUAGGGCGGUAAAAAAUGUAGUUAUAUAUAGUAGGUAAAUAUCUAACGUUGGACUCGUACGUGACUGUCAGCUGGUCAACGAUAAUUAUUAAAGCAAAUAUAUUUUUUCAAGUUCGAUAAUCAUAAUAUACAAUAUUAUAUUAUACGCAAUAAUAUCAUAAAUAGAAUAUAUUAAUAUUAUUAUUUAUUUAUUUAUUGGCUUCAGUUGUAGGUUAUUAUUUUGAAGAUUUAAAAAUAUUUAGUUUACAUAUUUUUCUAAAACCGAUCAGUUCUGAAUAAGUAUAUUAUGUAAAAAAAAUCAAUUUUAAGAUUUUGAAAAACUGCAUUUAUAACGAACCAAGUAUAUGUAUUAUUUUAAUAGGAGUAUUGUAUAUACGAGACCAGUGACGUAUCCAGGAUUUCCAAUGGGACGGAAUAGGAUAAACUAAAAAAAUCUUUACCUUCAAAAAAAAGGUUUCUCAAAAUAUGUAAUCAUAUAUAAUAGAAAUAUUUGUACUUAGUUGAAUAUAAAUAGUGUAAAUAUGUAAUGAUUAUUAUUUUAUUAGUAAUGAUUUUUCAAUGCUGAAUAGUUUAUAUUUUUGUUUGUAUUUAAAACGGUAAAUGGGGGGGGGGCUGAAAUCCCCUUUUUCCUUCACUCUGAGUACACCACUGAACGAGACAGCGUCCCACUAGCCUCAUUUGCGCGAGCCAUCAAUGCAGAUUAUUAACGAAUUAAGAAACCUUUACAAUAAUUAUAUAGCAUAUUGGACCGUGUGCUAUUUUCAUUGGCAUGCUAAAGCAACGUUACCGUUAUUAAUAGUAUAUUAUAAAAAUUAACACUGCAAUGAGGGAUAAAAUUCUGGAGUCACAAGUGAAAUAAUCCAGGUACAUAAAGUCGCCAUGCGGCAUUGUCGUAGUGCAAUGGUAACACCACGGGCAGAUUCAAUGAACAUCGGUUUAUUGUCAUUUUUUUUUUCUCGGAUGUGCCGACAUAAUAUAUUCAGAUCCCGUUGAUUUUUAAAUGAAUUAUUCUUAUCUUAUACGGGAUGUAUACUUGUCAUUAUACGUUUAAAAUUCAUAUGUUCCAAAAAUCAAAUUUUUCGUAAAACGAAAAAACUGGAAAAGGUUUUCUCACUACAAAGAAAUUCAAAAUAUAUUGUUCUUAAUUUAUGUUUAGAAAUUUAAAACUAAUAUAAAAAGUUAAACUAUUAGUUGUAUUGUUUUUUUAAUGUUGUAGUUUGGAACGUGAGUUGAUAAUAGUUGAAAUGCAAUAUGCAAGUUUUCAUAUUUCAGAUUGUCUAGUUUUUAAUACGGGUUAAAUAUGUUUCGGUAUCGAAAUACACGAACCAAUAGAACUUAUUGAUAUUUUUAACACAAAUAGCGCUAUUUUUGUUGAUUUUGGGCCUAUUAUUGUGCGUUUUGAAAUGAACUGAUUACAGCAUUGGAUUUAUCUUUAAAAAUCCUAUAAAAUAAUAUCGUUAACUCAUUUUUAUAUUUUUUAGAAAAUGUGCAUAUAAAUUCUAGACUACUCAUUUGCUAGUAUACGGUAUAAUAUUUUAGUACAGAUUACCUAUAGGUAUUUUUAAUAAGUUUUUUUUACCUAUUUUUUUCAACGGCCAAGAAAAUUCGCGCGUGUUUAUAUUUGAAAUCGGGGUUAAGUUUAACGGAGUGACGGGCCUCAUGGCACCUAACAACAACAACAAUAUAAUAAUAAUAAUGACGAUGAUAAUAAUAAUAAUAAUAAUAUUAUAAUAACCCCAGUCGCGCGCGAAGCGUGUACGGGAAUCGCAUGGCGUGACUGGCCCUACGAGCAUACGAAGUAUAAUAUAGAGAAAAAAAAAACUAAAAUUAUAAUAAUAUAAAAUAAAAGAGACGGGAUGUUCCGGUUUUUGGCGUAGGAGGAAGAACAACGAUAUUACUAUUGUAUACAAUCGAACGCCUCGAGCAGUGAGCGUUGCGCAUUAUACGCGACACACUGUAUGUUUUUAGCCAACAAACGUGCAGAUCCUCGAAGUCCUGCUCCGGUAGGUGGUGGCGGCGGUGUUGCCCGGUUAUAAAAUCCAUAAUAUGUUUGGUCUUUCAGGAUAUAAUUUAUUAUCAUUGUGGUGUAAAUCGUUGAAUUUUGUAAAAUAAAUAAUAUUUCACGAAACAGAGUUGUUAAAAGUACCAUAUUUUAGAUUUUGAGAGCAACGAGAAAUAUAAUUAUACGAUGUGUGUUUUUUUUUUCUGCUUAUAAACAAAUUUUACUAACAAUUGUUCUCUAUAUAUAUUCUACUUCCAUUUAUUCAUUACUAAGCAUCAUACACAUUCUCAUCCCUAUGAAAACUUCCUGUCGAAAAAUAAAACGCAUCAAGAAUUUAACAUUCUCAAGCUUCUCAAUGCCAUUGAACCCUAAAGGUAUGAGUGGAAAAUGUAAGUCCUUUAAUAAAGAGACAUUAUUAAGGUCACACAUUGGGAAGGGGCAAGAAGAAGACAUGUCCCCCUUUUUAAAAUAUUAAAAUCCACAAAAAAUUGUUUUUCUUGAGUGUUGACGCACUGCAUAGGACGUACAGACUAGAUCGUUAUUAAUUCAUCCUCUCAUAAUGAACUUACAUACGUAAUCGCUUAUCAUAACUUUAUAACGUUUUGUACAGGUUUCGUAUUAUUAUAUCUAUAUAUAAAUUAGUUAUUAAUGCGUAUUUGGAAAUCUGAUUCCAGUUUGUCUCUCCCCUGAAAAUGUAUGCCCAUGGACACUAUCGAAUCGUAAUUUCACCGUAUCGCAUAUGAAGUAUAUACUUUCUCGAUUCUAUGAUGUACGAUGAUGAUAGCCGACGAACAUUUAUAUUAUGCUACAAACGCGACUGUUAUCACUGUGGUAUUGUUUAGUUAAUUGAAUAAGUCAAUACACAGUGAAAACUGAUAUAUAUAGUCACGAUACAAUAACGAUAUUGUCUACUUAAACUCCGUGUACAGCUAUUACCUACAGCUGUGCGUAAUACAAACUGAUUUUACGUUGCUAACGGUUGCGAUUGUCUCUCUUUGUAUAAUACUACAUAAAUUGUAUCUUGAGAGCAAAAAAAAGAAAUUUAUUAUGGCGUAUGGUUCAACGUAAUAUUGAACAAAUUAUGAUUAGGUACUAUAACUUUGAUGCUCGAUAAUUGCAAAAUCGUUGAUGUAUAUGUCAAUAUCGAUAUAAUUAUUGUAUUGUUAUUAUGGUAUAUUAUAAUAUCGUUGGUACAAUAUAGAUAACAAUAAAACAUAUUGAAAUUGUUUACUUUGGCGGUUUGAUUAUUUGCAAAUAAAAAUAUUAUUCGUAGUACGGUUUUUGUUUUAACGUAGGUAUGUAUUAUAAGCCUACAAUAUGAAAUAAAUAAUUAGUGGGCGAAUGAAACAUGAGAAAGGAAAAGCGUUUAUUUAAAAAUAUUGUCAUUGCUGCGUUUUAUUUCGUUUUUACAACGCGCCGUUUUACUUUAACAGUUUAACUGCAACUACAGGUAUACUGUUACAGUUUCAUCUCCGGACUAACAAGCGUAACCAAUUCACUUAUUUUAUCGAUUUUCCACUCAGUAAAUUACCUUUAAAACUCUAUGUAGUUUUAAAAUUAUCUAUACGACUGGUUAGAAAUCUCGAUAACAAUGUACGGGUAUAUAGAUUAGUAUUAUACAUACAUAUAUUGUCUAUACCAGUAGCCAACUGGCAACUAAUAUUAUAAUAAUAUGCGAACGAUUUAAAAAAAAAAAAUAUAGAUACGAUAGUCAGAAAUUCGCUUUGAAAUGAUUAAAAAUUAUCUAAAAAAUACUUAUAGAAACAAAGUAAUGUAUAUAAUUGACAUUUAAUAUACGCACCAUGGUAUAAGUAACUUGUACAUUGGUAAAUUUUGUUUAUAUUAAUUAUACAACUGAUGCAGUUAUAAACCUGUUGAUACUCUUAUGUCAAUUAAUAAGUAAAUAUUCUCAUUUUUAAUAAUAUUUUGAUUUAGUAUGAGUUAUAUGAAUCAGCUAUUAACUGCACUAGUAUAUCAUUAUUUAUUUUCAUAUUUUGUGUAAUGAUAUUUUACUAAUUAGAAAAUGUGAAUUACAAUAACUAACACUAAUCAUAUUUUGAUCUGAAUGAGACUGACAACGAUACAACGUAUUAAUUAUAUUUCUGGGGUAAGUACCUACUUAUUAAAGACGAGGAUGAUUUUAUUAUUUUCAAUCUCAUCAUAAAAUGAUUAUGGUUUAAACCGUUAUUUUGAUCUUAUGAUGAGUUUAAAAAGGAAUGAUCGUAAAUUCUCGUUUAUUAUCACGAUGAUAUGUACUUUUUUCUUUGAGUUUUUUUAUGCAUUAACGGACAUAUUUUGUAUCGUCGUUUUAUCAUUAUUACCUGAAGUACCAUGGUUUUUUCAGUUAUCUAUACAAAUAAUUGAUGAAUAUUUUUUUUGUAUAAUAAUUUAAGACACUUUAUGGGUAGAGUAUUGUUUUAGAUAAUAUUCUUUUAUUUUUUUUAACCGCGAAUUAUGGUAGUUUUUUUUAUGUAUUUAGGUAUACUUAUAAAACGUGAUUAUUUCGAUUUUUCCCACGCCAUUAUAAUAAUUUAGGUCCACCCAAAAUCAAUUUAUUAUUAAAAACCUAGACUAUAAAAUAUUUUUUUAUUUAAAUCAAUUAUUGUCUAUAAAAAAAUAUUCUGAACUUCUAAACUGUAAAAUAAUACAAUAUUAAAAAAUUUAAAUAUUAGUAUAUUUCUUAUUUCUUAUUCUUGGAAAAUUAUAAUAUUUGUAAUAAUUGUUGUGUACAAUAAUGUAAAAUACCACGGCAUUAUUAUUUCACUUGAAUUAAAAAAUUAACACAAGUCAAAAACUUUCUUCGCUUCAUUUUGAAUUUAUGAAAAAAAAAAUAAUAAUAAAAUAGUUACGAAUCGCCAGAACAUUUUCCUCGUUCGGCACACUUCCGUGGACGCCCUUGAUAAAAUACGCACUCAUUGUUAUAUUAUAAUAUAUAGUAUUAUUAUAUUGUUAUGCUCAUCAUUUAAAUAAUACCAUAAGCCACGGGGAGAUUUAAUCUCUUAUCUGCUCCUCCCCCAUACGAGUGUGGCCUAGAAUGCAAGUAUAGCACACGUCUCGAUAUUUAGUUUUUCGUGAAAUAGUUAACGGUACUUUACAUUUUAUGGAUUAAACAAGAUUGUUCUUCUUUUACUUUGUACGUAUUCAUGAAAACGUGUUGAAUCUAUAGAUUAUAGAGUAAAAUAUUUAAUUUAAGCACAUAUAACCGGGGGAGGGGCGCGUAUAGUAGUCACCUGUUUUAAAAUUUGAAAAAUAGUAUUUAAUAGAAAUUGUUUACUGGAUUUUCUGUUAUUUGCUCAAUAAGACUAGAGAAUAGUUCCACCGCGUUAAGAGUAGUGACAUUCCCAGGAAUUUUCAAUGAAAGUGAAUGUAUAGUAAAUAAUAAUCAUGAUUCAUAAAUAAAUCAUCUCCUUAUGUUUUAACUAACCGAUAUAAUGAGAAUUUAAAAGUUGGAUCUAAAAAAGCUAAUUUUUCUUCAACAAAUCAAUCUUUUUUCCGUAGAAAUUGACUGAAAUAAAAAAUAUCAUGAUAAAAUUACAAAAUAAAUACUCAUAUAUGUUGUACUUUUAAGAAAAUUGGUGGGAAUAUGAUCCCUAAUCUCCCCUUGAUUAGGCCACUGGUUAAAAGUGAAUGUUAUGUUAAUGUUGAAAGUUAUGAAAAUAUGUUAACUUAACCGAUCCAUUUACUAUGUUAUAUUUCUAUUCGUAUAAAGUGUUUAAUAAACAUUGAUUUUUAACUUAUUUUUAUUUCGUAAAUUUUGUUGUUUUAUAGAAAAUGUUACUGUUAUUAUCUUGGACGUAUCGUGUUCGUGAUGCAUGGCGCUUACAGUUUGUUCAUAACUUACCUUAGUUUAUUAAUAUCAUGACAUAAUGCCCCUGUGAAGAUAUACCUCUCGUAUACAUUUGUAGAAAAAUAUAUAUAAUAUAAUAUAUAAUCGUUCCCAGAUAAAUAUCAUUUAAAACGUUUGUUGCAUAAAAGCAAUACAAUUUAUAUAAUAGGUCUUUGUGAAAAAUAGUCAAAUAAAUCUAUAUAAAUUAAAAAUAACAUUUAAAAAAGGCUGAUACUGAUGAUGGGUAUGCCACUUUUUUAGGAAGAAAAAUAUGUAGACUAAUUACAUUUAUAUCUGUACGCAACCAUAAACCAUCGAUAACGAAAAAUGAUUUUGAGCUAUUAGUCGUAUUUUUUCCUCGUCGCCAAAGUAUUCCAGAAAUCAGUAAUAGGUACAGAAAUUAUGCAACAUAUUGCCAGGCAUUCACAUUUUUUUAAAUAUAACUAUAAGAAAAAUCAAAAAAUAACUCCUCAAUAGACCAACUAUAGAUCAAAAAUUCUACGGGAUAAAUACUACAAAGUUUUCGAUUGGAGCUAAAUUUCUUAUAAAUUGUUGAAAAGUUGUUUACAGCCAAAAAAACACAUCUUAGUAAAACCAGUACAUUCUUCGCUCUUCUCAGAAUCUAAAAGUACAGCGAAAAUUAAAUCUAAUACACAAAUAAAUCGGAUUUUAGAAGUUUUACUUUUUUUUAUACGUAAACCAAGUUUAGAUAUAAUUCGAUUAUGUAAAUUAUCAUGAAUUAUCCUCAAGUAUAUCAAACCUAAUAAAUACAGUUUGCCUAUGUAAUGCAAUGUAGUGAACCAUGAAUUAAAUACUACUUCUAAACGCCUAUUGUGAAUAAAACUGUGACACAAUGUGGAAAUGUUUCAAUUUUUAUUUAACGCAUGUAAUCUGUUAUGUACCAUAAUUUAUGAAAACUGGUUAGAAUGUGUAUUGUGCAUUGUACCGACUUCAAAAUCUAUGUAAAGAAGUUUACAAUGUAUAAUAUUUUGGUUAAUUCAAAUAUCAUAUAUAAUAAUUAUCAACGUAAGUCACAAACUGUUUUCAGUAGAAAUUUAUCUAAAUAAUAGAAUAGUUCCAGUAAAACAUAAUUCCAUUUAAUUUUCGAAUUUCUUGUUUUAAGAAUACAAUCAUUUAAAAGGAUCUAACUACUCAUCUUUCCUGGAAAAUAUAAUACAAUAAUUAAUGUGAAUGUACAAUGUAUAUUUUAUUAUUUAUUUUUAUUUUAGUCAAGCAAUGGUUUAUCGUUGCUUACAGAUAUAAAUGAAAUAACCUUAUGUAUCCUACCUUCCCAACUUCUCACCUACAACAGUGGCCGCUCCCAUCUCCAGUAUCAACUAUUUUUAAUAUUUAAUAUGUACCUAUUUAUUUUAUUUACAAGAUUGUUGGUUUUUUAACCUAUAAACAUUAAACAAUGUAUAUAAAUAUGCUGUUGUUAAUAUUGUAAACUCGUUAAUACCGAAUAAUAAAAAUCGAAUAGUAAUUAUAUUUGAAUAAAUAUUUAUCAAUUUAAUGUUUACUUUUUUUUACGUCCUAUAUUUCUCGUCAACCAUGACACAGUAAGUACUUAAUUUAAAAAUAAUGUUAAUAUUUUAUGUAUUUAUACAUAAAGUAACUGGAUCACAAUAAAUUAAUGUGUUAUACUUACUUUUAUUAAAUUUAAACAAUAAACAAUCGGAUUAGUACCUAUAAUAUUAUAAUUGAUGCAUAUCUUUCAGUAGGCAACAGUAAAAAAAAAAAUAAACUUACAUAUGACUAAUAAUAAAAGUAUAUAAAAUAUUAUAUUUUUUCUUUCUCUAUAUUUUUAUAUACAUGCCAGUAUUAUUGUUUCAGUGCUUUAUUUGUAAAAAGGUCAUAAAUGUAAAUAAAUAAAAAUAAAUAAUAUAAAAAGCUGAUACUGGAAACGGGUGUGACAACUGUUAUAGAUAGGAAGUUGGAAAAGUAGGAUAUUGAAGAGAAUUUAAUUUAUAUAUCUGUACGCACGAUGAAUCAUAGUUAAUGAAAAACGAUUCUGAGUGGAGCUCAGCCAAUCGUAUUGCAUUUUCAAUAAUGUACAUCUUCACAACAAUAACGAUUGUUUAAAAAAAAUUAAAAGAAUAUAAUAAUAACAAAAAAAUAAAUAAAAACGGUUGCCAGUAACAACUUUAUUGUUAAUCUUUUUUUUUUUUAAUCUAAAGAAGUAGUUUUUUCUAAUUAUUUCGAAUAUUUAUGAUAAUUUCGAAAAAAUACCUUUUUUUAAGUACUAACUAGAGCCUAAAUGUAACAAAAAAGAUCUUAAUAGAUCCCUCGUUUCACCCAGAAUCUAAAUAUGUACUUUAAGUAUCUAGAUUGAUAAUUUUGGGUACUCAAUAUAAAUGAUUCUCUGCAUUAACAAUUUAAAGUAAUAUAAUAAAGGUAUUAUUUAAAUAGAUCUUUAAUGUUUUAAAUUUCAAUAAUGUAAAAUUAAAUUUAUAAAAAAUCGUAUUCAUGUAUUGUUAAUUAAAUUCAAUAAAAUCCACAAAGUUACUACCAAGUCAAUAGUCAUGUAAAAUUUAAAAUGAAAAUAUUAUGUUUAUUAUUUAGAAAGUUCACCAUAAUUCAGAGUAUUACAGAUUUAUAACACAGUUUAGUUAGGUAGCACUUUCUCUGUAGACAACAAUAAUUCAGUUUGUUCGAUGUAAAACAGAAUUGUUGGCUGUCAAGAAGAUCAUUGCUCAUACAAUUCUUAACAAAACUACGUUAAAGCCAUUUUUCUUUACAAUUUAUUUACGUAAUCGUUAUUUUGAGAAUAUUUUUUUAUUUUUAUUCAACACCCACUCUUGAAGAUUUAUACGUUUGGUUCUUUUUUCUCUUCAGUUAAGCUUUGUCAGUGUUGGUCACAAAGUUGUAUUAUAUUAUAAACCUGCGGACAAAAUAGAACGCAUAAACAUCUGCUUUUCUAUAAUAUUACCAAUAGAAAAAUAUGCAUAAAAAGCAAAAAAUUAUUUUGCUAUCUCAUUAAUCGGAUUGAAAUUUGGAUUUCUGUCCGUGACUCAUUUUAUUCAUUGAUCAAUGAAUAUUACAGAAGCAGAUGUUCCACAGUAUCGGUUAAUCCCACGUACUAGAGAUUUCGUUUAUCCUCUUGGCUACUGUGUGUAUAUUACAUUAUUAUAAACUAAUUUUUUCCACAGUCACCGUGAUUCGCCAGUAUUCCUGUUGUAAAUCAUUCAGCCGUAGCAGACAUAUCUCGUUGUUAACCUAUAUUUUUAGUACAUUAUCAUUCAUCAUAUAGAAUCUAGAGUUUAUCACAUUCUCGUUCAUAUUGUUUGUUUACCAAUUUACUAGGCCUUAUUACUCCGACCCCAAUUUUUACUUCGUUGAUAUAACUGUUUAUGAUAAAAUAAUGACGAUGUAAUACGUAGAUAGUCGGUGACAAUAAUGCUCAUAAAUGCCAUUUCCCUUUAACAUAAUAGACAACCAUACACAUAUGAAACCGAUAAAAGAAUGAACCGUGAAAAUCAAUUCAAUAGAAAUUUUCGUUUACCUAUGUCUAUAGGCCACAUUCAUUUGAAGAUAGCUCCCGCGGUGUGCGGACAGUCCGUGGAAGAUGCAAAAAUAACAACUCCGAAAUAAUAUCUCCUAUAUAUUAAGUCUAUUUCAUGAUUUACUUGAAUUUUCAGAUAUGAGAACCGUCAAGGUUUAAUCGCAAAUAACAUGCCGAGUUGAAAAGCGGCGAAUAAUGUCAUCGACCGAGGACGAAAUAUGGUCGUCUAUUGGAAUGAUUGGCAAAUCUAUUGGUUGACAGUAGUGAUCUUGUUGCAAUUUUCUGCUGCUAAUAGACCCCCACAAUUUGUUACUGAUUGGCAAACCGAAAUUAUUGUGCGGCUAAAAGAGGGACCAGAGACUCCUAUUGGUAAGUAUAUAAUAUAUAUUUUUACAAAUAAAAUAGUAUGUAAAAUAAUAAUCCUCGUAUAACAUUAACUUAAUAUUUCAGGAAGUCUCAUAUAUCGGGUUCGUGGUAACGAUCUCGAUGGUGACAAAUUAGUUUUCGGUGUUAGAGAGCCAGGCGAUAAAAUCAUCAGAGUGGAAAAUUUUGGUAGAAGUGAAGCUAAUAUUUAUUUGAAAAUCGAAUUAGAUCGUGAGGUGAGGUGUAGAAUAUAUAAUUUACUAUUAAUGUAUCUAUCUAAAUCAUCAUUUGAUUAUUUUAAUAAUUCGAUUUUGUUUUCUAGACGAAAGACGAAUAUUCCCUAGUGCUUACUUUAACCGAUGGUCACUUGGGAGAUGGAAAUUUCAUUACGCAGAGUUUCCUUUUAAUUGUGGAUGAUAUAAACGAUAAUGCACCUAUAUUCAAACCAUAUCAAAACACGAUAUUUGUACCAGAGGACAGUCUACCCACGGUUAUUGCAACGGUUGAGGCCACUGAUGCAGACGAAGGCCCAUAUGGACAGGUAACAUAGCAACGAAUUAGGGUUUCACGGUCUGAUGAUCGUCACCCUCGUUCAAGUUCGUUUACACUGUAUAUAUUAAAAUUAUAGUGUUCAUUAAACCAUAUCACAACACGGUAAACAAUAAAUAUGAUUCGAAAAUACCUUUACCUCAAAGAGUUGAAGUGUCCAAAUAACAAAAUAUAUUGCAUUAUGUAUUCUUUCGCAUUUAAUAAUAUUUAAUUAAUGAAAAUGUUCAAAUAAGUGUAUAAUCGAAUAUAAAUUAUAAUAUAAUUAUGUAAUAUAUAAUUACACGUGUAGGUGGUUUACCAUUUGCAAGAUACGGACGCAGUAGAAAGUGGAUUGUUUUCAAUAUCUACGGUAAAUGGUCAAGGCGUAAUACGCCUCAUAGGAAGUUUGGAUUAUGAAAAAACAUCACUUCAUCAGCUGAAAAUUAUAGCCGUAGAUCGAGCAACGAUCGAAAAGGUUUGUGUACUCUAAUAAAAUCCGUUGAAAUCUGACAUUUUCUACAGUUAACAAUUUAAUAUUAAAAUUAUUUAUUAUACAUAACUGUUUAUUUACCUAAACGUUUAAUAAAUGGACACUCCAAAAAUUGUAUAGAGAAAUACCGGCACGGCAGCCAUAUUUGUAAAAGUGGAAGACGUCGAAGACCAACCCCCGGAAUUCGUUGUUGUUACACCGGUAGCCAGGGUUAGCGAGGAUGCACCUCCGGGGACUUCAAUUCUUCAAGGUACUUAUAUUCCAAAUUUAAUAAUUAGUAUAAUAUAUUAUACAGUAACCUGUUUAAUAUAUUUUAUUUUACAUGAUUAUAAACUAACAAUUAAAAAUUUUUUAUGCAUUAAUUUAUAUAAACUAUGUUUGAUAAUUAUUAGUGAAAGCAAUUGAUGGAGAUCGUGGUAUAGAUAAUCGCAUUGUAUAUUCAAUUACACGCGGGGGCAAUGGAAUGUUACAAGUUGAACCGAAUUCUGGUAUUGUCUACACCACAAGCAUUUUGGAUCGAGAAGAUCCAUUUAUUAUUAAAACUGGUGCAAUUAUUAUUGAGAUCAUGGUAUGGUAAACGAAUUAUUAUUAUUUUGUCUGUGACUUAAUAGAUUAAAAAAUUCCUUUUAGGCUACUGAAGACUCGAAAAAAGUUUUUCCUAAUCCUUCAACAAAAACAGAAGUUACUGUAAUUGUUACGGACGUGAAUGAUGAAACUCCAACGUUUCGUAGCCCUCAAUAUAUUGCCGAAGUUAAUGAAAAUGCCCAACAAAAUACACCUGUAAAUUUUAUUGGAAACUCGAUACCCCAAGUAUACGAUUAUGAUCAAGGUAAAAAUGGGACAUUUCGUUUACGAAUCCAACAAGGAAAAAUUGGGUAUUUUGAUAUUACACCUUCCGAAGGUAUAAAUGAAGCUUCAUUCCUGAUACGUGUAAAUAGGACGGUUGAUUUGGAUUAUGAACUUGUAAAAGGUAAUUUAGGUAUUUUAGAAUACUGUGAUAAAAUGUUAAUAAACAUUUUAUUUUCAUUUUUUAGUGAUAAACUUUACAAUUGUUGCUGUUGAGACAGUAGCUAAAAAUCCAAAAUAUAGUGCCAUUCCCGUUUCCGUCUUCAUUAGAGACGUCAAUGAUAAUUAUCCAGAAUUUUCACGGCCUAUAUAUGAAGUUUUUGUUUCUGAAAAUUCUGUAUCUGGUAAAACAAUUGGAAAAGUUGAAGCUACUGAUAAAGACUCUGGAUUCUUUGGUACGAGUGGUAUACGAUAUACAAGUAUUCGAGGGAGUUGUGCUGAUUUGUAAGUAAAAUAUUUUGCUCUUGGCCCUUGGGUUAGAAAAAUACGUUGAGUUAUUUUGUUUUUUUUUUUUAGUCUUAAACUAAAUGCAGAAUCUGGGGAAAUAGUGAUAAAAUCUGACAAACCUGUAUUUGAUCGAGAACAAAUAUCUAAACAUUUUUUAACAAUCGAAGCACGGGACGAUUUGGGUUUAGGAAAUAGAAAUACUGUUCAGUUCAUUAUAAAUGUAGAAGACGUUAAUGAUAAUUCACCGCGAUUCCUCUCGUAUAAGUAUGAAACACGGCUAAAAGAAAAUCAUUUAAUUUUUGAAUCACCAGUCGUCGUCCAAGCAAAAGAUCUUGAUUUAAAUGGUAUAUUAAUAAAAUAAAGUAAAUCUAUACCUACAUUUUUUUCAUAAUUUAAAAUGUUUAGGAACUAAAAACUCAGAAAUAUCAUAUCGUAUAUUACAUUCUGACUACCAAAUUGAAAGUUUCUCAAUUGAUUCUGUCACCGGUGUUAUAAAACCAAUAAGACCAGUAGACUUUGAAAAAUUACAAAAUCGCAAAAGCACUAAUAGUAUUAGUGGGAAUCUUAGACCAAUUAUCUUAGUUAUUCAAGCACAAGAUCAUGGUUCACCAUCACUUUCUGAUGAAACUCACGUUGUUGUUUAUGUAGAGGAUGUUAAUGAUUUUGAACCAAAAUUUGAAAGCAGAAAUUACGAAACUUCUAUCUCUGAAGAUUUAGUUGGCGGCAGUACAGUUUUACAGGUAAAAUUUUUAAUUAUUACUUUAUUUAUUAUACAAAUUAAAUUAUAUAUAUAUAUAAAUAAUAUGAAAAUAUUUUUUAAUCAUUUUGUGAAAUUUUGAAAAAUUAAUAUUUUUAACGUUUAAUCAAAUUUUGUGUAGGUUAAUGCUUGGGAUGAAGAUGGUUCAGCCCCUAAUAACGUUGUAGUGUACAGACUGCGUAGAGGUGCAGAAGAUAAAUUUGUGAUCGAUGCAUAUACGGGCUUGAUUAAAGUCGCACAUGGUGCAUCGUUAGAUCCAGACAAAACACAACCAAAGACAUACGCGUACUAUUUAGAAGUAGUGGCAAUUGACGGGGGCAUUGGUGACCAACAACUUAGUUCUACUGUUAAUGUUACAAUAAAAAUUCAAGAUGUAAAUAAUAAACCACCGUUUUUCAAAGAAAUGGAACCUGUUUACGUAAAAGAAAACGAAAUGGUUAUUAAUAGUAUAUUAAACUGUUAUCAAUGAAUUUUUCUAAAACAGUUUUGAUUUUUAAAUAGGUCGGUAGCGUAAUUACGAAAGUCAUAGCAGAGGAUCCAGAUGCAAAACCAGUUUUACGAUAUAAAAUAGACGUGGAUGAUUCAGAAGCUAAAAACGAAGACGGAGUGAUUGUUAGACCGACAGAAUAUGAUUGGCCAUCAGCGUUUGCUUUAAACCCAGUUGAUGGUUAUCUUAGGGUGGGUAAAUUACUAGACAGAGAAAAAGUUGAGACUAUUCGGUUAGCACUCGUUGUCGAAGACAUUGCCGCAAUAAAUGGCAAACAAAUUGUCCAAAGUAACUAAAAUAAUAUUUAUACACAUUGAAUUUAACAAUUGAUAUUUUGAUAGUAAAUGUAAUUUGUUUUGAUUUCACUACAUAGCCAUUUUAAUUGUUCAUGUUGAUGACGAAAACGAUAAUGAUCCAGUAUUUCGUCAAAAGGUCUACAAAAGAACAGUGAUGGAAAAUAGUCAACCCGGCGUACCGAUUAUCACCAUAAUGGCUGAUGAUGCCGAUAAAAACCGGACGAUUCAUUAUUCGAUAGAAGGUUUAAAUUAAAUUAUUUAAUGAAAUAUAAUACGAUUAUAUAUUUUCACAGUCUUAAUAUUUUUAGAUUCGUCUAUAGAUACUGCAGAUUGGAUAAGAUUAGAUCCAGAGUCCGGAGAAAUCGUAGUGGCAGGUCGUAUUGAUCACGAGCAAGUCCGCUGGAUAAAUUUCACAGUCCGUGCAUCUGACAACGGAGUUCCUAUUAGAUAUUCAUUUACUGACGUUAUUUUACGCGUAAUCGAUGAAAAUGAUAAUAAUCCAUAUUUUACUGAAGAUACACCUACCAACAUAACAAUUCCAGAAAACACCCCAAUCGGUAUAUAAUAUCUUUUUUUUUUAAUAAUAUUUAUUUUAAUAACUUUUAAUUACGUCAAAAUUUGUAAAGGUUCACCAGUCGCUAUGAUUAUGGCGAUGGACGCAGAUUCUGGUGAUUUUGGCAAAAUAACAUACUUACUGGAUCGUCUAUCAUCUCAAGUAAUAAUUUCUAAAUUUUCAAAUAAUAUUGAAGUUGUUUUUAUUUAAUCAUUUUGACUAAUAUUAUUUUUUAGGAGAAAUUUACGAUUGAUACGAAUACCGGAGUUUUAAAAGUGGCUGAUGUAUUAGACAGAGAACAAAUGAGUACAUACAAUUUAAUUGUUGAAGCAUGGGAUAACUAUCAGUUCGGAUACAUUUCCGGCGAAAGUCGAAACGCCUUUAAACAGAUUAUGUGAGUGUCAAUCGUAUAUACUAUUACCUACUUUAAAUAAGCAAUUGUUUCAAUUAUGUAAUAUAUUUAAACAGGGUGACGGUUUCGGAUAUAAACGAUAAUGCUCCGUUGUUUGACCAUUUACCUUCUGAAUGUGUUGUUGUCACAGAGUUUCAUGCAGUUGGCGACAUGGUUUUAUUAAUAAAAGCUUCUGAUGCAGAUGACCCAAACACGGUUAACGGUCGAAUAAUGUUUUCGAUAGAAGAUGGGAAUGAAAGAGGUUUAGGAUAAUAAUUUAUAUAUAAUAACUUUAAAAGUGUCAAAAUAAUGUUGAAUUAUUAUUAUUUGUAUAGAGUUAUUCGCAUUGCAUAGUGUUGAUUAUUGGUCUGGUCGUUUGUAUACAACUUCGUCCCUAAAAAAUCUCUAUGGAAAUUACAGUCUUCUGAUUCGAGCCCAGGAUGGUGGUGAUCCUCAAAAAUCAAGUCUGGCCACCGUGAAUGUCUGUGUCACAGAUGUAAACGAUAACGCGCCCCGUUUUGUGUCACCUCCAUAUAAUGUAACCGUUCGAUUACUUCAAGUAAGACUUUCAAAUAUAUAGUUUAAAUUUAACCAAAAUAUAAAAAUUAACCCAAUUAAUUUUAAUUUAGAAUAUGACUAUUGGAAGCCAUGUAAUUUCCGUGAAAGCUAUUGACGACGAUGUCGGCCAAAAUGCAGAAGUCCGGUAUCGUUUUAAACAAGAUUUAAUGGGCGAUUGGAAGACAUUUUUAGUGGAUGAUAAGACGGGAUUAAUCACUUUGAAAAAACCAUUGAACAAAGAAAUCCAAAAAAUCUAUCAAGUAAUUAAAUUCUGUAGUUUUUUAAUUAUGUUAUUUCAUUAUUCAAUAUUUAAUUAUAGAUUCGUAUAGAAGCUUAUGAUCUUGGUGUACCGACAUCAUUAUCAUCUGAUUUAGAACUUACAAUUCACAUAAGAAGUACUAAUGACUUUCAACCUAGAUUCUUAAUUGACGAGAUCACUGUAAAUUUCACUGGUAAAUUAUAGAUUUGUCUGAUAUUUAUAUUUAAAAAAAAUAAUCACAAAUUUGUUUUAUUUAUAGAACACCGAGAACCAGGAUCAGAAUAUUGGCAACUUAUUGAUACAGUUGACCGAGAAGAGUUAAAUGAUUUAGAUAAAGCGCCGCCUCCGAUUUGUUAUUAUGUAAUUUCUGGAAACGACGAAAACCGAUUUAUUGUUGAACCACUUAAUCAUAGAAUUUCUGUAAGUAAAUCAAAUAAAUUAGACUAAAACAGCUAAAAUAUUGGUGGUUUUGGUUUAGCACCUGUUGCCAAUGUCGUUAUGCAUGCAAAAAUACACUCUACGAAAAUAGUGAUACUGUUCAGUAUAAUCAACCAAAUUUAUUAUUACUAUUAUUAUUUUUUUAUUUAUAGAAAAAAACAUUUUACAUACAAUAUUAAACUCCAUUUUUCAAUAUUUAAUUCUCAACAUAUAUAAUGAGUCUUUUAAAAAAGUAAAUUUUAAGCUUUUUUUAUCAAUUUUUUUAAAACUAUUUGUAAUCGUAAUUAAAAACUCAGAAUUUAAUAGAGCCUAGCUCUAGAAUGUUGUUGUUUAUAAAUAAAAAAAAUGUUUAUGAAAAUAUUAAAUUGACAAUGAGUUAUUACUAUUUCCGUGAAGCCAUUUUCGUUAGUAAAAAUGGUCCCACCCCUUCCCCUAAAAUAGGUAUUGGGUAGUAGAUCAGUUGGAAAGUCCUAUCUUUAAGGGGGGAAUUGAAAUGUUAAAAAUAAUUUUAAAAUUUUUCAAAAUGGAGAAAAUUUGAAAAACUGGUACCGGGUGGGUCCCUUAUACACACAAGUUUUUGAAAAAUGUUCUUUUUGGUUUGGUAUUUAAAACCGGAGUAACAGUAGGUUGCCUCACAUGUAUUAUUACUUCAGUGGCUUGGGUAAAAAUCGCUAAAAUAAGAUGUUUAUCUGUUAUAUUAUUUUUCAUUGAAUACAAAUGAUUAUUUUUUUUAAAGUCACUAUUUUUAAUUUUUUGCGAAAUAAAUAUGUGGACGUUAAUAUUUAACUAUAACUUCCUUCUUUUUUUCCUGGUUUUAAAUUAUUAUGAAAAUCUCUUCAAAAAUAAAAAAUGACCUCCCUAAACUACUACCCAGAUUUCCUUUCAGAAAAGGUGCUACAGUUGAAAAUUGGAGUAGGUUUUCUGAUAGAAAAUUUGUUAAUCAGAGAUAAAAAAAAAAUAAUAAAAAUAAACAUCAAUGUAAAACCAAUACAUUCCUUGUUUCACUCAGAAUCUAAAAUAGUGAAAUAUUGACUUUCAAAAUUAACACAAUCACUUGUGAAAAAUAAUAGUACACAGACGAGCAACUACUUUUGCAAAUUUUACACACCAAGGUAAUAAUAAUAUGUAUAUAAUAUAAUAAUAAUAUGGCGGGUAUUAAAAUACUGUCAUAGUGGUUUUAUAAAAUAAACAUAAUAAAAAGUAUUGAAAAUAAACUAUAAAGUUAUAAACAUUAACAAGUAUAUAAUAUAUAAAUUAUCUACAUUAUAAUAAUAAAGGUUGCUCAUGAACUCGACCGCGAAAUACAAGAAACUUAUGAACUAGUUGUGAAAGCCAGUGAAGAUUGCUUGCACUCUCCAUCGAUUAAUCACGCUGUUGAUCAAGAUGAUGACAGUUUACUUAAAGUUUUUGUUUUCGUUAACGAUGUAAAUGACCAUGCACCCGAGUUUAUUAAAAGAGUAUUUACUGGUGGCGUGACCACAGAAGCUGAUUUUGGUACCGAGUUUAUGUUAAUAAAGGUAUUAUAAAAAUAAUAACAAAAUCUGUAUUUUUGUCACUCUUCAAUAUUUGUCUGUAAUACAUAUUUUAUUUCAUUAUAGGCAAUUGACAUGGACAAAGGAAGAAAUGCAGAGUUGACCUAUUACAUAGUUCCUGGAUCUUUGGAAGUAUCCCUUGCAGAAGGCUUAGAUAGCAUACAAUAUCCACCUUUUAUAGUAGAUAUAGCAACGGGGGUGAUCUAUUUAAAUUUUGAUCCUCAAAAGGGAAUGAAAGGUUACUUUGAUUUCCAAGUUUUGGUUAAUGAUACGGGUGGGUUAUACGAUACGGCGCGUGUGUUAAUAUAUUUGUUGCGUGAAGAUCAGAGAGUUAGGUUCGUGGUUCGACAAAAUCCAUCACAACUGCGGGAAAAGGUCGACGUAUUUAGAGAGUAAGUUCUGCGUGUUUAUAGUGUACAAAAUACCUAAGUAUACAAAAUGUGUGAUGAUAAUAAUAAUAAUAUAAUAUUAAAAAAAAAUGAUUAUAAUUUUUUAUCGAACGAUAGAAUCCUAGGUAAUGUUACUGGAGCAAUAGUAAACGUUGACGAAUACAAAGUUCACGAAACACAUGACGGUAGAGUAGAUAAAACGAGAUCGGAUAUGUACUUACAUUUCGUCGAUCACCGCGACAAUUCGAUUAUGGAAGUUCCUCAUGUAUUGCGAAUUAUAGAUGAAAAUAUCGAACAUUUAGAUUCACUGUUUAAAGUAAUUAUAAAUGCAUUAAUGUUUAGAAUGUUAUAUUUAAUCGAGAUGUCAUCGGCGAUAUAUCAUUGUAGGAAUUCAACGUUCUUGAUACACAAGCAGCCGAACCAGAACCGUUGCGCCGAGCUUCAAUAAAAGAUGACAAUGUAAUCUGGAUGUGGUUGGUCGGUACCACAUUUUUCUUGGGAUUAUUAUUAAUAGUCGUCGUAUCGAUUUGCCUUACGCAACGUUCGAAUUAUCGUAGACAACUCAAAGCAGCCACCAUAAGUGCUUUUGGUACACACAUUUUUGAUUUUAAAAAAUAAACAACCAAAUCUUACUUUUUUCUUCUUUUUUUUUAUUAUUUUUAUUGUUGUAGAUCCGAGAACGCCCGAUCACGUUAAUUCAGCUGCUAUUGGAGGCCGUGUACCAAACACAAAUAUGCACAGUGUUGCUGGAUCAAAUCCCAUGUGGAUGCAAGCAUAUGAAAAUGAAUGGUACAAAGAUAGAGAAACAUCACUAAGGUAAAACAUCAAAGUGCUAUGAAACAAUUCAUGCUAUAAAUAAUCUAUUGUUUGUGCUACAAAACGAUUUUUCUUGUUAAACUUAUUCAUUUUAACUCACAAUUAUUGUGACAAUUUAUGAUAUUUAUAACUAAUAGCAUUAAACGUGUAAUCGAAUAACGCAGAGAGGGGAAUUGAGAUUUAUCAAAAAUAAAAAUCAAAAAAGUCAAUAGGUUAAUAAAUCAUUUUAUUUUGAUGAUCGAUUUUGUAUCUUGUCCUCGUAUAUUAUUCACUUAUUUGAAUAUAAAAUCGACCUGUUUAACAUUUGAAUGAUAUUAAUAUAAUAUUGAUGCUAAAUAGAGUAGUGCAGAACAAAGCAUUUCUCAUAUCUCUUAAAUGUUGUAUUUGAAGUUCGUUAUAAAACAAUUCAUUCAAAAGCCCAAUUGCAACAUUCGUAGCAAUUUCCUUCUUUACCAUAGCGAAAACUAGAAAUUUACUUAUGGUUUUUUUAAUUGGCAAUUUUAGUCAAACAUCUGAACGUGAUUCAUUGGACGAUAACACGACUACCAGUACCACAUCACCCCAACCAAUAGAGCGGUCGACGACUACAUUAUUUAUCAAAAGGUUUGUUGAGCGGCUAAUAAACAAUAUAUUUUUGGUUCCAGAGAAGAAGGGUCAAUUUCAUAAAAAAAAAAAUGUGUAUAAAUUAAAUUAAAACAUGAUGGAAAGUGUAGAAUUACUUUAAAAAAAUGGCAAAGAAAAAUAAAUUUUUAAAAAUAAUUCUUCAUUGGAACUAAAUAUAUAAUAUACUUGUAUGUGAUAUAGUGCCCAAUAGUACCUUCUAAAUAUUUUUUCUUGAAUAUAUUAAUUAAUAUUACAGUAAUGAUUGCAACAUACACACGGAUAGUACUGACGACUACUAUGAACGGACACGAAUCACUGUGAAAAAUCUAGAAACAACUGAGUUAUGACAUUCAGCUGAAAACAAACUCGACAUAUAAAGCCCUCUGACGUUCCAUCAUGCUCAAAACAUGCCAUUCGGCCAAUAACUACAACGAUUAGAGAUUUUUUAAAUGUAAAAAUAUGUAUUUAUAUAGUGUGUGGUAGUGUGUAUAUAUAAGGCUGACUCUAUAUUUUUUUUGUUUUCUAAUCGGUAAACGCUCUAAAAAUUGUAUUGUUAUAAGUGAAAAUAUAAUAUAUAGUAAGACCUCCUUGUAACAGGCCCCCUAUAAGGCAGAAAUCUCCUUAAAACGGAAAACAACAACAGUUCUGCAUAACCUAUAUCCCGUAUAUUUUAGUCCCCAUAUAACAGAAAUUUAUUACACAGAAAAAUCCAUUGGUACCGAGCGAUUCCGUUAUAAAGAGGUUUUACUGUAUUAAUAAAUAGUUACAUCUUUAUAAAAUAAUAAAUACCUUUGAUAGCUAUUACCGCCUUAGGUUCUAAAGGAAUGUCAGUAGUCUAUUCGAUUUUCUGUAAACGUUAAAGGGAUAAUAUUUCGGUGUUACUUGACAUUUUAUUGAUGAAAAAAAAGAUAUUUCGAGACAUAUUUACAAAAGAUGGCUAAUAGUUGUUUUUGUAGAGUUGCAAUUCAAAAUAUUGUUGAAAGACAAACAGUCCAGUUUGCAGAAUUUGUGAAGCUGACAUUCUUUCAAAUAUUAUAAACGCUAAAUUGUUUUAAAUUUUACAAUGACGUGCACGUGCUAGUCUGAAGCUGAUAAUAAUAUUACGAUUGUAUUCUCAAACCGUACGAUAUAUUUAAAGCCAUAAUAACAAUUGUAUUUUUAAAAACACUCAUUUGUCAUUAAUCUAGAAAAAAACUAUGAAAUAUUAUUAUUAUUAUAAUUAUUGGUAUAGGCCAUUAUUAUAAUAAUGACAAGACAUCAAAUAAUAGUUAUUAUAUUUAUAAUGUUAAAAUAAUAUACAGAAUGUCCCAUGAAGAUACACCAAUUUUAAUAUCUCUAGAGAUAAUAAAGAUAAUAAAAUUCUGUUUUUGUUUUUUAUAUUACACGCAGGUAUAAUGGCUACAAAUAUUUACAUUUUAAUUAAUUUGUUUGUUUUGGGUAAAAAAAAAGCAAACAAAAAAUAACUUCUUUUUUUAUUAUUUUCGAUAAAUUUGAAAAUAGCCAUUUUAUAGAAUUUAUUUUCCAAAAAAAUCUGACGUAAUAACUUUUUAUUUCCAUUAAAUUCGUAGUUUUUAGUAAUUUUUAAAGUUCUGAGAAAAAAGUGUACAGUCAAUUAGCCAUAAUAAUAAUAAUAAUAAUCAAUUAGCGAAUGCGAUUACAACCUGCUUAAUUAUGGGUACUUUUCUCUGAACUUUAAAAAAUUACGAAUUUAAUGAAAAUAAAAGUUAAAGCAUCAACGUUUUUAAAAGAAUAAGUUCUAUAAAAUGGGCCAUCUUCAAAUUUUUUGAAAAUAAUAAAAUCAAAAGAUUCUGAACGGAGCGAAGAAUUUAUUGGUUUUACAAUGAUGUUUAUUUGUAUUUUUAUUUUUUUAUGUGGACACUUUUUCUACCAGAAAGCUUACUCUGGUUAUUUGCAAGUAUAAUAUCUUUUCUGAAAAAAAAUAUUCUCUGGGUCGUACUUUAGAGAGGUAUUUUUUUUGAAAUUCUCAUUAACAUUUGAAAUAAUAAGAAAAACCUGGUUCUUUAGGUUAAAAAAGAUUGAAAGAUUAAAAGUAAAGAUGUCAUUGGCAACAGUUUUUAUUUAUUUUUUGUUAUUAUUAAGUUUUUGUUAUUUUAAUCUUUUUUACACAAUCAUUAUUGUCAUGGAAACGCAUAUUGUUGAAAAAGCAAUACUAUAGACCGAGCUAUAUUAAAAUAAAAUAUAUUUCAAUACAUUCUUUUACUUAUUAAUCUUUCUAUUUCUUUAUUCUAUACUUAAGCAUCACUAUCCACUAAACUCUGCUCAGAAUCGUUUUUCCAUUAGCAAUGAUUUAUUGUUGCUUACUGAUAUACAUUAAAUUCCCUUCUUUAUUCUAUCUUCUCAACUUCCUACUUACAACUGUGGCUGCACUCACAUGCGAAGUAUGUUCGUCUUUUUUAAAAUUUUUUACCGAAACAUAAAAAAUGAAUUGAAGUAUAAAUAUUUAUAUUCCUUAUCCCUGUAAGUAAUGUAAAAAACAGAAUUUGAUUAUCUUCAUUAUCCCUGUAAAUAAUGCAAUGGGUAUAUCUUAGUGGGACACUCAGUACUUUAUGUAAUAAAGUAGUUUUAAACAUUUAAUUUCAUUGUAUUGUAAGCAUGAUUAUUGUAUCUAUAAUAAUUGUAAGUGUACAUACCAAGCCAUUUUUUUUUUAGUGAAUAUCCACUGCAUAUAAACUAACUCUUACAGAAAAAGCACCAAGAAUGGGAAAACUAAAUCUCAAAAUGUGUGGAAUUUCUCUUCUUCUUUUCUUUUUCCUUCAUCCCAUUUGGAUUCAUCCACUCUCGUCUUAAACUUACACUUAAACCCAAUAUCCAACCUCAUAAACACUUACUGUCUUUGACAGUUAUUCAUUAUUUAUUAAUGAGUUAUGAGUUUAUGACUUAUAACUAUUAUUAUUCACCAUUUAUUAUAAUACAUAUUUGGCCACAGAAAACCUUAUAAAUGGCCUGGUAUGCACAUUAUCGGAAACCUAGACGUGUUUGUUUUAAGUUUUAUAGACAUUUUAAUGUACAAUGUACCUAUAUUAUAAUCGAUAGGUAACGUCUGUGCAAUAUUAUUAUUUAUUAAGUACUUUUAUUAUUAUCUAUGUUAAUUUAUUUUUAUUUUUAUAUUUUACCUUUUUUAAGUAUAAAUAAGCGUGAUGUGUAUAACGCGCACAAUGUACAAUAUAUAGCUUACAAAUCAAAAUUAAAACUCUUAAAAAUUAUUAUUAUAUUUUGCGCAAUACUCG